CUGUGGCCACUUCGUCAGUUCAUGUCUGCUACUUGAAGAGCUUGAGACUCGAAAUUUCCAUGUAAAAAGCAACCGCCUUUACUACCCUCUACUUCCUCCAAUGGCGGCAGCUUCCCGCGUUCUACCUCCUCUCUCUUUCAACACCUUCAGAAGGAGCAAAAUUUUUCAAUCAUGCCCUUUACAGAAGAAAGAUAUGGCUUGCUUCUUUUUUGCUAUCCAAAAGCAUAGCUGCAAUUUAAAGCUUUCUUACAUGAAAUCUGCCUGGGAUUUUUCCCUUCAUUGUGCCUCGAGAGCCUUCAUUUCAGUUGGUCCAUCAGAAACUGAGAACGUUCAAAGCACUAGUAAACCUGAGGACGGUGGUGAGGAUUUUGAGAGAGAAUUGCAAGAGUUGUUUGAUGAAGUGAAAGCGAUGAUUACGAUGGGCAAUAAACAAGACGCCGAGGAUCUGCUUCGGGCAAAUUAUGGCGCUGUGGAGGAGAGGAUGAAUGCAGGUUCUAGGGGCAUGGAAGAAGCUGCUUUAAUUGACGUCAUAGCGCUGGGAUUUAUGGCUUUGGGAGACUUAAAAAUUGUUGCUUCCCUUUUGGGUAUGUUGACUGAGGUUGUCGACAGUCUAACUGAUGAUGAGCGGCUUCUGGAUCCUGUACUUGUGCAUAUGGGAAGUAUGUACUCAACUAUGGGGAAGUUUGAUAAAUCGGUGCUCAAGUAUCAGAGGGCUAUUGAUAUUAUGGAGAAAAAAUAUGGGAAAAAUAGUGUUUUUCUUGUGACACCAUAUUUGGGCAUGGCAAAAUCUCUUGGUUCUAGUGGAAAAGCUACUGAAGCAAUAGAAUUCUAUAACCGUGCAAUUACUAUUCUGGAAUCAAGCAGAGGUGUUGAAAGCGAGGACUUAAUCGUGCCUUUAUUUGGUCUUGGCAAUAUAUUAAUCCAAGAAGGGAAGGCUAUGGAGGCAGAAACUCCUUUUCUAAGAAUCUUGAAUAUAUAUACCAAGUUAUACGGAGAAUAUGAUGGAAGAGUUGGAAUGGCUAUGUGUUCACUGGCUCAUGUGAAAUGUGCGCUCGGAAAUGCAGAUGAAGCAAUUCGUUUAUACAGAAAUGCCCUUCGGGUUAUCAAGGAUUCGAAUUACAUGGCUAUGGAUGACAGAACAAUGGAAAAGAUUAGAAUAUAUUUGGCUGAAUUACUUCAUCUUGUUGGAAGAGGAAAAGAAGGCCGAGAGCUUUUAGAAGAAUGCUUGCUAAUCACAAGAAGAGCAGAGGGAAAGGAGAAGAGCAGAGGUAAAGAGCACCCGAGCUCGGUGACACACAUGAUUAAUCUUGCUACUUCCCUUUUACACUCGAAGAAUUAUCCAGAGGCUGAGCAUUUGCUAAGAACAAGCUUGCAGAUCAUGGCUAAAACUGUUAAACCCGAUGAUCAAUCAAUCACGUUCCCAAUGUUGCGUCUCGCGGUGACUCUCUACCAUUUAAGACACGAUGAAGAAGCUGAACAACUUGCCCUUGAGGCUUUGCGCAUCCGCAAAAACGCAUUUGGAAAAGAUUCUCUUCCAGUUGCGGAGGCUUUGGACUGUUUGGUAUCAAUCCAAGCUAGACUGAAGACGGAUAAUGAAAUGUUGUUGGAGCAUCUCAAGUGGAUGCUAAGAAUCCAAGAGAAAGAGUUUGGAUGUGAGAGCGAAGAAGUUUUAGAGACCCUGAAAAAAAUGGCAUUUUACUUGGACAAACUAGGUAGGAAACCUGAGAAGUUAUCUCUGCAGAAAAGAUUGUCAGUGCUUAGGAUGAAAUUCAAGCAGAGAAUUCGUUAUUAAUGAGUUUCUACAAUCUAUUUGUCAUUUCACCUUUUUUACUUUGGAUAAGAGCUUUUGCACCGUCCAAUGUAAGUACAGAUUUCCCUGGUCGGUUCAGUUUUGUAGUCUUCCUUAAUCAACAGACAAAUGUAUAUUCGGUGCCAUUAAAGGUGUUGACUUUAGUGGAGUUAGGUUACUGCCGUCU